AACCAACUUUAUUCUUGCACAUUGUACAAAUCGCUGCGCCUACCUAACUCUUCAAUCUUCAUACACACCUCCAUUCUUCCAUCUCAAUCAAUCCAAUCCAAUCCAAUCCAAUCCAAUCCAAUCCAACCCCACUCACUCACUCACACACACUACUGAUUGUUGCUUUUAUUGCAAGUAAACGCAGAAGCUCAAUAAACCAGAUCUCUCUUCCGAUCGAAAGAAAUGGCGAGGAAGAAGAUCAGAGAGUACGAUUCCAAAAGGCUGCUCAAAGAACACCUCAAACGAUUGUCCGGAAUUGAUCUCCAGAUCUGCUCCGCACAGGUGGAUCAAUCAACUGACUUUACUGAGUUAACAAACAAAGAACCAUGGUUGUCAUCCACGAAGUUGGUUGUAAAACCCGACAUGUUGUUCGGGAAAAGAGGGAAGAGUGGUUUGGUUGCUUUGAAUUUAGAUCUUGCCCAAGUAGCCGCGUUUGUGAAAGAACGCCUCGGUGUUGAGGUUGAGAUGGGUGGUUGUAAAGCACCGAUAACUACAUUCAUUGUCGAGCCUUUUGUCCCCCACGAUGAAGAAUAUUACCUUUCCAUUGUGUCUGAAAGGUUAGGAUGUACCAUUAGCUUCUCUGAAUGUGGAGGCAUCGAAAUCGAGGAGAACUGGGACAAGGUUAAAACUAUCUUUCUUCCCACUGAAAAGCCGAUGAACUUGGAAGCAUGUGCUCCUUUGAUUGCUACACUUCCCUUAGAGGUUCGAGGGAAGAUUGGAGAUUUCAUAAUGGCUGUUUUUUCUGUAUUUCAAGAUCUCGAUUUUAGUUUUCUUGAGAUGAAUCCAUUUACUCUAGUGAAUGGUGAGCCAUACCCACUGGACAUGAGAGGAGAAUUGGACGAUACUGCUGCUUUCAAAAACUUUAAAAAAUGGGGUGACAUAGAGUUUCCUCUUCCUUUCGGAAGAGUUUUGAGUGCAACAGAAGGUUUCAUUCACACGUUGGACGAAAAAACUAGUGCAUCGUUGAAAUUUACCGUUCUGAACCAAAAAGGACGUAUUUGGACAAUGGUGGCUGGUGGUGGUGCUAGUGUAAUAUACGCAGAUACAGUUGGAGAUUUGGGCUAUGCAUCUGAGCUUGGUAAUUAUGCCGAGUACAGUGGAGCGCCUAAUGAAGAGGAGGUUUUGCAGUACGCCCGAGUAGUUAUUGAUUGUGCAACAGCUGACCCUGAUGGCCGCAAGAGAGCUCUUCUUAUUGGAGGAGGAAUUGCAAACUUUACGGAUGUUGCUGCUACCUUCAAUGGAAUUAUCCGUGCUCUCAAGGAGAAGGAAUCGAAGUUGAAAGCAGCUAGAAUGCACCUCUAUGUUCGUAGAGGCGGUCCAAAUUAUCAGACUGGUUUGGCAAGAAUGCGGGCUUUGGGAGAAGAAUUGGGAGUUCCGAUCGAGGUUUACGGACCAGAGGCUACAAUGACUGGAAUUUGUAAGGAGGCGAUCGACUGCAUCAUGUCUGAAGCCUAGUGUAACAAUGUGUUUUCGUUUUUCUUAUUACUCCAUUAUUCUUGAGUUGUAGUAUUUGUUGUUGAAUUGCCCCUUCAUACUCGAACUGUAAUAUUGGUUUCUUUUUUCCGAUCUCCUGUUUUUGUGAGACCCAAAACAAUUUUUCUGCAAUAAGAGCAAUGUUUGAGAGAAA